AUGGCAAUGUUUGCUGUCGUCGGAGCUGGCGCUAUUGGGGCCGGACUUUACACCAUGAAGUACGCGAAUUCGACCCCUGCGAUAAAUCGAAGAACAACUGUGGCGACUGGAGAGAGUGGUAGCGGACCAAAAGAAUCUCGGCCCAAAAUCCACGACACACGAGGCACCAGUGCCAUGGGCCAAGAGGUGCCUUCGAAACGCGGACCUGGACGAGGUAUAGAAGUACGAAUGGAAAGCCGAGAGGAUACAGAUAGCAGCGCGCCGUCAGCGCAGAGGACUGAAGGCUACGAAUCAGGACCUUCAGAGGAAGCCACGCCGCCAGCCAGCAGUCAACAGUCUAGACGAAGCCGCCUACAAGGUACCGUCACAAUCAAUGCAUGCAACGAGUGCCGCCGAAAGCGUGCCAAGUGCGACGGAAACCAGCCUUGUGGUCGAUGCAAAGCUCGAAACCGAGGCACUUGUAUUUAUGAAGCUCCGGUACGACAAUCGAAAGGUGAACUUCGAAGGGAGCUCGAUUCCUUGCAAGAACAGCAAAGAAAGAUUGAUCUCGUCUUGGCUGGCCUCAAUCAGCCCAGGGUUCAAGACGAGGUCCUGGCGCGUUUGCAGGCCCUGCACCCUCUCGACAGCAUUGCAGGUUGGCUCAAGCGCACAGAACAGCAACCGCAUCAGCAACAAUAUUACGACGCCUCGGCUAAUGGAGCCAUUGGCUACGGCAACACUCAUUCUAGUCAGCUCUUGCCGAGCAGUACAGCAAAUAUACAUGACGGCCUUGGAGUGGGGGAUCGUGCCGACUCAACUCUCAAACCGAACUUACAGCCAAACUUUUCGACUCCUAGCCAAGCGCAUCAUGAAAGGAGUUUUCUACUUGAUGAGUCAUCACGAUAUCCCGAUGGCCUUCCAGAGCCAGCAAGAUCCCGUGUCGCAAACUGGUCCGAGAUACGGCAGACCAAUCACAUCAUCGGAAGCCCGGGCGAACAUCCUGAACUCAGUGAAGCCGUCUCCUCCUUGCAAGAGUCACUGAUCAAGCAAAGUACCGAAACUUGGACCACAGUCACCAAUGAUAUCGAACUAGUAAAACACAUUCUGGGUUUAUACUUUUGCUGGGAAUAUCCCACAUUUGCCUCGCUAAGCAAAGAGCAGUUCCUCCGUGACUUCAGCCAAGGGAGGCCGAGAUAUUGUUCUCCGAUGCUUGUCAACGCGUUACUUGCCCUUGGAUGCCGCUUCUCAACAUUUCCCAAAACUCGAGCCGACCCGGAUGAUCCACGGACCUCUGGCCAGCACUUUUUCGACGAGUCACUCGAGCUCCUGCGCCGUGAGACGGACUACCACUCUUUGCUAAUGAUUCAGACUCUUGGAAUCCUGUCGAUCCGAGAGGCUAGCUGUGGUCGCACUACAGACAGUAUAGCCUAUGCAGGACAAAGCAUGCGAAUCGCAAUCGAGAUGGGUUUGCAUAAUAUAGUUGAGAACCCGCAAGACGCCGGAGUAACCGACGAAUUUACCGUUCUGAGUGCCACCUACUGGGGAGCAUUCUCACUAGACCAAAACUUUGCUACCUGGUUUGACAAUGUGCCCACCGCUUUAAGAUUGGGCUACAACUUCACUCCGGCCGUCCUGUUUUCCCAGCCAUUCAUCCGCCUACGCAUCGCGGGAUCUGAAAUUGUUCCAAAGGAUGUUUGCCUACAGUCUGCAAGUUCAAUCCACACUCUGCUAAAGUGCUAUGCGCAGCUUUACACGCUCAGGAGGACACCGACCUUUCUGCCGCACUUUAUACUCACUUCUUCCAUUACUUUGCUUAUUAUCGGAAUUUUAAGCGCCGGUCCAGAUUCUAACGGCAGCGGCACAAAAGUCGAUCAGGGCAUCGCCGACGACGUAAAGCUGGGUAUGGACAGCCUCGAGGAAAUCGCCUCGUGCCAUCAUUUCGCUGAGCAAGCAGCCAACAUUCUGCGAUGUCUUGCUGUGAAAUGGAACGUUCACACGAGCAUCGGACCACUGCCGGUCAUCACUCCUGACACUUACGACAGGCUCGUGGAGCCUUAUUUCGGCAGACAAACUCUGUUCGCGGAUGAUAAACUGGCGCGUAGCUUUGUAAUUGGAGAUGAAAUGAGGCAGGUGUCGGAGGAGGAAUCACAGCAGAUAAAAGAAGCAAUCAUCAUGAUGGAAACCCUCAUUUUACAGCCUGUUCCUGUGCAAGGAUCUUCAGCAUUUCUCAGGGAGACAAACUUGGCCGAGCGCGGUUUUAUAAAGAUAUAA